AUGGCCUCCGGCGGCAGCCUCCACACGGGCACCCUCUUGUCGUAUGCCACCGAAAGCUACAAGGAAGACUUUUCCGUCAUGUUCAAGACCGGCCUAACGGCUGAGGCCGCUGUCGAGGCCAUCGGUUUGUCCACGGACUCCGCAAUGGUAGACGCGUACUGGCCGCCCGAAUGGCAGGUCGAGCACAACAUCUUCCAUUUCCCCGUCGUCUGCCAACCUAUCGUGGCCGCCUACAAUCUCGGCCCCGACGCGCUGCCCAACAACCAGACCCUGACACUCAGCGUGGGGGUGUUGGCCGACAUCUGGUCUGGCGCCAUUGUGUCCUGGAACGACUCGGCCAUCGCGCAGCUCAACCCCAACAUCACCCUGCCCGCCCAACCCAUCGUCUUGGUGUUUGCCAACGACAGGCGCGGCAGCAUCUCGGAUUCGUUCGCCAGCGCCCUGGCGCACUUCAAUCCGGCGUUCGCCAUGUCGGUGUACACCACCAACGAUUCGUUCGCCAGCCGGUGGUCCCAGUUCGGCACCAUCGGUGCGCGCUCCUAUGUCGUCGAUCCCAUUGAGCAGCAGCUGGGCCACGUUCUCCACGCCAACGCUUCGUCCUGCACGUGGAUGACCUAUGGACAGCAGAUGCUCGUCUGGACCCAACUCAACGAACAGGCCACCAGAACCAUCGAGGAGCAGGGCUACAUGCCCCUUCCUCUCCUCUACAAGCGGUUGGUCAUGGACUCGUUUGGUCUGCUGUCGUGCAAUGGCAAGCAGGUGUUCUCUACCAAGGUGGUGAUUGGCAAAGGCAACGAUUUCAAGAUCGGCCCCAUGUGGGCAAGCGCAUACCCUUUCGACUCCAACUUCCAGAUGACCUUGUACAGCGAGGUCAACGGCACUCAUGCCCUCUAUGAGUUGGCCUCCGUCAGCUACGACAUGAUUGACCAUCAAGAGGCCUCGCAGGUGAGGAAAAGGGACUCCUCUGAUCAGUUGAGCCUGCCGAUCGUCGCCUUUGCCAUUGGUGCCGCCUACAGCUUGCCGGAGGUGCUCAACCGUGGCUCGCUCCUGCUCAACCUCGCCACGCUAGCCGACAUCUAUCUGGGCACCGUAGAUACGUGGGACCACGCGGCCAUCCGCGACCUCAACCCAGAGCUGGCGUCCCUUCUGCCCAACAAGAACAUCACCGUGGUGCUGAGCACCAGCAUGCCCUCUGUUACCAGCAUCCUCAUUCAGACACUGAGCAGCGCGAGUCAGGCCUUCCGCGAUUCGAUGGUACGGACCCACGGAGAGAGGGUGCAUCGCGUCGGCGAGCUCACACCUUGCGGAACGUGGAGACAGGUGGACGCGAGCUUCCCCGUGGAGAGGACGGGUCGGGUGUUGUGGGCCGAUGACGUGGCGGCAGCGCUUGACGAGAACGCCUACACGCUGGGUGUAUGGCCGCAGCUGCCCAUCGUUGAGCGGCGCUACAUCGGGUUUGCCGACCUGAUCAACGCGCGUGGGGAGCGGGUGUCAGCCUCGGCCGAAAGUGUCGCGUCGGCCGUGAAGGACUACCGCGACCAGCCCUUCACCUCCGUUCUCAUCAACGGUUCGGCACCUCUGUGGCUCGCGCUCGGCCUCAUGGCCCUUAACUCACGAGACAGAUGA